CCACAUCCAUUCAACCACAGACCAAGCCGUAUAACACGGCCAGCACAUAACAGCAGCAGCAGUAACAAUAUAACUCUACAGCAGUAUGCAUAUCUUUCUUUAAAAACACAUUGAAGGGAAUUUUAUCAAGACUUGGACUUAGCUGAUCUUUCUUCAAGAAUUCACUUCAAAGCCAAGACAUUUUGUGACGUUCAAGUUAAUAUUUGUUGCCAAAAAUGUUUGUCAAAGUAUUUGAGUUUUUACUUCUGCUGCACAUCUGUUAUGGUGUCGAUUUUAUAUAUUAUGUUAAAGAAAAUAAAACACCAAAUACUUACCUUGGAAAUAUUGGUGUUGAUACUCAUAUGAUAGAUUCUGUUCCCUCAAGUGAACAAUAUCUCGUCAGAUAUAGUCAACUGCAACAAGAGACCAAUAAUAAUUCACAACUAUUUAAUGUUACAAGUGAUGGAAAGCUUUACACAGCUAAAACAUUGGAUGCAGAGUCACUAUGUAAAUAUAAUACAGAGUGUUUUGAAACUGUAGACAUUGCUGUACGUAAAGGGAAGUCUUUUGUUAGAAUCCUCGAAAUUAAAGUAGUUAUCGAGGAUAUCAAUGACAAUCAACCUGAAUUUGAAGACAAAGAAAUUAGUCUUCAGUUUUAUGAAACUGAUGGUAAAGGAACCACAAGAUCAAUCCCAAAUGCUAUUGACAGAGAUGUUAGUGUGAAAAAUUCUCAGAUAAUUUAUGAGCUGAUAAAACACUCGGAUGAUCCAUUUAGUUUAGUAGUUUCCAAAAGAGUAGAUGGCUCUUCAAAUCUUAUGAUAACUUUAGAAAAUAAAUUGGAUAGAGAAAUAAAGGAUAAAUACUUAUUUCAAGUUAUUGCCAAAAAUGGUGGUUCUAGAUGGAGGAAUGGAAAUCUGAGUGUUCAGAUCUUUGUUACAGAUGUCAAUGAUAACAGGCCUGUUUUUUCACAGAAAGUCUACAAUAUUACAAUAAAUAAUGGGCACCGGAAAAAUGUAUUAGUUCUUACUUUAUCUGCAAAAGAUUUCGAUUCCGGUAGAAAUGGUAAAAUAACAUAUCAUUUUAGCUCAAAAACGUCCAACAUAGCAAAAUCUUUCUUUCAGUUAAAUCGACUUACUGGAGAAAUAUUUCUUAAUGAAAAAUUUAAACCAGAGGAAAAAAAAACUUACAAAUUAUUCAUUGAAGCUCGUGAUGGAGGCAGUCCUCCCAUGAGUUCAAUAACUACUGUCUUUGUGAAUGUUAUCAAUCAAGAAAACAACCCACCAAAAGUUGAUGUAAAGUUCUCAGAAUCAACUGGAAAAACUGCCUCGAUUUCUGAGGGAAUGGAAGUUGGGAGUUUCAUUGCCUAUGUAAAAGUUGUUGACAAUGAUAUUGGUCUAAAUGGACAAGUAACUUGUGAUCUUCGACAUGAUAAACUACAAUUGCAGAGUCUUAGCAAGAAGAAAUACAAAGUUAUUGUGAAAAAUCCAGUUGACAGAGAAACUCAAAACCACAUGGACUUUAUUAUUUCUUGUGAAGACAAAGGGUCUCCUCGUCUUCGAACACAAAAGAGAUUUACUAUCAAAGUGAUGGACGUCAACGAUGUGCGACCACAAUUUACAAAAGAUACAUUCAAAUUUCUUACUUAUGAAAAUGAGAAACCAAACUUUCCUAUAGGUUUGAUAAAUGUCACAGACUCAGACCUAGGACCUGGAGGUCAGUUGACAUAUACUCUUCUAAACGAUAGCAAAUAUAACCUUCCUUUCAAAAUUUCUGAUUUUGGAUUUAUCACCACAACUCAGUCACUUGAUCAUGAGCAGCAAAGUCUUUAUUCAUUCCAUGUUUUGGUCAAGGACAAUGGAGUACCAUCCCUUAGUAACACAGCAAAAAUAAAUGUCGAAGUCAUGGAUGAGAAUGAUAACGCUCCUUAUUUUACUUUCCCAAAUGUAAACCCUUUUAGUUUAGAUGUCCAUUAUCAUCCACAGAGUGAAAAUGAUAUUACAGUGUUAAGGGCCUCUGACAGAGACAGCAGGCAGAAUGCCUUUCUAAAGUAUGAAAUACAUCAAGGGAAUAAUCGUCAGUUGUUUAUGAUAAACUCCUACACAGGUGUUUUGUCCUUCUCUCGGCCAGUUUACCAAAAUGAUGCUGGGACAUAUAAUCUCAAAUUUAUAGUUAAAGACAGUGGUACUCCUGUUUUAUCAGCCACCACAACCUUAUCUUUAACUUUGACUGUUAGCAAUAAAACAUCAACUAUGUAUACUGCUGUUAAUGUUAAAUCAGAUGACAAAAUACAUAUCAAUCUAUUCAUUAUCAUUAUUGUGGCAGCUGUAACUGUGUCUGUUGUACUCGUAGUCUCCAUAACAAUAUGCAUCAUCCGGAGAAAUAAUCAAAGAAAUUCUACAUACACUGAUGCAGUUGACUUCAAUAUGAAAAUAUCUGGUAAAAAUGAGGACUCUGAGUUUCUCAGUGAACAAUUGUCUUCUCAAUAUGAUGUUCCAGUGACCAAAACUCAAACCUGCAAAAGUACCAAUUCUUUAUCUUUAAUUCCAACUGGUGGACCACAUUACAGAUAUGAAUCAAAUCGUGAGAGGAAAAGUUCAACAGCAAGAAUUCCCCAACAAGCAACCACAGAAGCAACACACCAGGUCGAACGACCACAUGGAGAUACUAUCACUGGCUUGUGGUGAUUGCAUGUAACUUGUUAAGAACCUCCAAGACUGGUAGGAGUAAGGGAGAAAGAUAUUCUCAAACCAAUGACCUGGCCUGAAUUCUUGCAACAGAGUGAAUGCUGCUAAAGGCAUCCAAAGGACAACGUGGAGGUGUUUACAGUAGGUGAUAGAUUAAGUCUGCCACCCAAGAACUCAGAAUGCAAAGAGCUGGAGCAAAUAUCACAAGGCAUCUCGUUUGUACUCAAACAGUCCCACCAAUCCACUGCCAUGGGCUGGUACUUCCUUUUAUCAACCCCCAAAAGACUGAAAGGCAAGAUUUGAAAUCAGAGAGCAAAUACCACAAGGCAUGUUGUCCUUCUCCUCUCUAAAGGAUUUGCUGCAUUAAAGACAAGGGUCUGUUACAUUACAUUCUUCACUCUUCACAGCAAUUAAACAUUGAACUCUUCUAGAAAUCCUGCUAUGUUGUGAAUGUUGCUGAUGUAGAAGGACACCAGCUUCCUCAGAUACUGGAUUUUAACCAAAUAUGACAUGAGGGUACUAUCAUUGAAAGUCGAAGAACAUGGUUACAGAAAUAUUGUUGUAUUGUAGUUAGUCAUGUUUCUUUAUUUUUUUUUUUUAACCAAUCAAUUAAUAAACACAAAUACUUUUAAUAAUUUAUUCAAUUCUUUGAUAUGUUUAUCAGUUACUUCUGAAAAUGAAGUCUGCCAUUACACUCUGACAAGUUCACUGAUUUUGACAGAGGUGUUCAUAAAAAUUUCUAAUAAAGGUGAAAAAACUGAGAGAUUUGUUCAAGUGUUGGUUGAUAUUUUUAUAUAAAGUUCUGCCUUUAUUAUGCACUGAUAUAAUGACAUCAAGCUUGCAGUAUUACUAGCAUGUGGAACAAAAAUGCUUAAUGGCAUUUCUUCCAACUCUUUGUGUUCUGAGUUCAAAUCCUGCUGAGGUCAACUUUUCUGUUUAUCUUUUGGAGUCAAUGAAAUAAAGUACCAAUCAACCCCAGUACUGGGGUUGAUGUAAUAAUCUUGCUUUUUCCCCUCAAAAUUGUUAGCCUUAUACCAACAUUAAAAUGAUUUGUACACUGAUAUAUGCUCUCAUUGAAACAACAAGUAACAUCACAUGGAGCUGCAUAACUAAUUGGAAAACAUUUCUAGCACAGACAAUGGAAUAAGACUAUCUAUACCUGUGGAUUAAAUAAAGAGUUCCAAUUGAAAUUCCAAGAAUGCUACCAAAUACAAAAGACAUCUGAAGAAAGUUGGGAAAUACAGUGGUCAAAAUAUGAUUAUAACAUCAAAGAGGAGGACACAAAUUCAAUAUGCCAGCGUGUAGUAAUGAAUUUAAACUUUGGUACAA